ACGGAAUUACUGGUUCAGUGCCAAGAGAAAUUGGGAACUUGACCGCCAUGGUUGGUAUAUACCUUAGCCAAAAUACUUUAAGUGGUCCUAUACCAAUAGAGGUGGGCCGUCUUGUCAAUUUAUGGGAGUGGGAGCUGCAGUUGCAAUUCAAUAAUCUAAUUGGAUCAGUACCAAAGGAAAUUGGGAAUAUCACUUCUCUUUCCCACUUAUUGCUUGACAAUAAUGAAUUAAGCGGUCAUAUUCCAAAAGAGAUAGGCUAUCUUACUCAUCUGGAGGAGUUGCAUUUGGCAGGCAAUAGUCUAAUGAGUGGAUCAUUACCAAAGGAAAUGGGGAACUUUACAGCUCUUCGCUAUUCCACGCUUAAUGGAAAUAAUAUAAGCGGUAAAGUUCCAAAAGAGAUUUUCCAUCUGAAUAAAUUAUAGCAUUUGAACAUUGGACACAACCAACUUCAUGGACCACUGCCGAGAGAGAUGGGGAACACAUCCAUUCAAAUAUUGUGGCUUUAUUUCAACCGUUUAAGUGGUAUGGUUUUAUGUUUCAUUUUUCUUCUUUAUUUAGAGAUAUAUGUACUUAUG